AUGCCAGAACAAAUUACACUUGGUUCUACCACUGUUGGUAGAAGUGUUUUUGGCAUUAAUCCUUCCUUGUUGAAAGGAGGAACCAUUGCUCAAACAGUGGUUGGUGGUAUUAUCAGUGCCAUGGUGGUCGCUUCUGUAGUUGUAACCAUCAUCAUGGUCAUUGUUUCAGCUGGAAUCAGCUCCCCCAAUGCCAAAGAUGACUAUGCUCAAGUGUACAAGCAAAUUCCUUUUACCAUCUAUCCAUUGUCGAAUGAUGUUGAUCCUCGUUCUUUGAAUUUAACAUUGGUGAAUGUCACUCAACCUCUUCAUGGUACUGCGGUCAUGACAGGAAGUGGAAAAGUUGUCUAUACCUCAAGUGGCUCUUAUGCUGGUAACGAUACAUUUACUUACUAUGUUACCAAUAACUAUGUGGUUUCAUCUGCUGUAGUUUAUAUUGAGAUUUUAAACAGAGCUCCUGAAUUGAUCGAUUUGGCGUAUACUGUGAGCAAGAAUUCUAUUAAGAAUGCAUUUGAUGUUUUCAGCUAUGUCAGUGAUAAUGGUGGAAUGAUUUCUGAUCCUGACACUAGUGAUACUUUAACUGUGGUUGGUGUUGGAUCAUCAGCUGUGAAUGACUCUUCCAUUAGCUAUGAUUCUCUCUAUGUUUAUUAUACUCCACCCACUGGUUUCAAUAGUGAAGAUUCAUUCACAUACGCAGUCAGUGAUGGUAAUUCAACUGUGAGUGCCAAUAUCAAAGUUACAGUUGUCAAUGAUGCUCCAGUGUGUACUCCUGACUAUUUUGUUGUUGCAAAGAACACAAAGACUGUUCUCAAUGUGUUAGCCAAUGACUACGAUAUCAAUAGCGAUACUAUUACCAUCUAUUCUGCUGGUUCUGGUUCUGUUGGUACUCUUGUCAUAUCUGAUGAUAAGCAAAACAUUUCAUACAUACCACCUCCACAAAUUGAGCCUCAAAUUGACUCAUGGGAAUAUCAAAUUACUGAUGGUUCUCUCUAUGGAAGUAGUUUUGUGUUUGUUAAAAUUGUGAAUACUCCUCCAACAGGUGGUGAUCGAGUUUUCAAUGUACCAAAGAAUUCUACAAACAACAUUCUUGAUUUGUCCUACACAGAUGAAGACAUGCUAGAUACAGUCUAUGUUUCAAUGCUUACAAAACCAAGUCGAGGCUCUUUCCAACUUGUUGAAUAUUCUGCGAUUGACCAAGUCAAUUACCCAACCCAAGACUUUUACUCAGUGACAACCAAUACUUACAAGUUGAUCUAUACACCAGAGAGUGGAACUGUUUAUUCAGAAAGCUUCCAAAUUAAGAUUUCUGACACCAUUGAUGUUGUUACUGCCAAGAUUACCAUCAAUGUGGUUCCUGUUGCACCAGUUGCUGUCAAUGAUACUGCUUACUGUUCAAAGAACUCCAAUGUAACAGCGAAUGUCGUCUCCAACGAUUACAGCACAUCUGGAGAUGUUUUAAAGCUCAGUUUUACCUCACUGGAAACUCUUUACGGAGGAGAAAUUAGAAUGUUAGAUGACAAUAAUGUCAUUUAUAUUCCUGCUACAAAUUUUGUUGGAACGGACUAUGCUCCUUAUUAUGUUAACAAUACCAAUUCAGAUGGAUCUACAGAUGGAAUUUUCCAAUCUACUGGUUAUUUGAUUGUCACUGUGGCUAAUACUCCACCAAUUGCUGUGGCUGAUUCUUUCACUGUUUCCAAAGGGUUAAUUGCUUCCUUAAACUUACUUGCCAAUGAUUAUGACACCAAUGGAGAUGUGAUUAAAUACAAUGGUGCCACCACAAGCACACAAGGUAUUCAAGUUGGUAUUUCCUCCUCCAGUUCGGUUAUCACUUAUCAAGCUUUGAAUCAGACCUACAUUGAUUAUUUCACAUAUUCUAUUUAUGAUGUAGAUGAAGCUAAUUCAAACUAUGCAACUGUGACUGUGAAUGUUGUGAAUGAUGCUCCUCAAUGUAAUGACGACACGGCUACUGCUUCAUGGAAUCAAUCAGUCGUCAUUGAUGUAUUUUCAAAUGACCAAGACAUCAACCUGGGUGAUUAUGACAACCUUGUUAUCAAAUCGUUGUCAACACCAACUUACGUAACCGUUCAAAGUUUCCAAGGUGGAAAGAAGGUACUUUAUACUCCUCCAAAUGGAUUUACUGGCACUUCUACCUUUACUUACACUGCAACUGAUGGAAUUGAUAUUUCCAAUGUGGCUACUGUGACUGUGACAGUUACCAACUCGGCUCCUACUGCUAACGCUGACUCUGCAAGUGUUCAUUGGCUUGAUGGAUCCGUCACUAUUUCAGUUCUUGCCAAUGAUGUUGAUGCUGAUGGUGAUGCUCUCCACAUUGAAUCGUUCACUCAACCUUCAAAAGGAGUGGUUGUAAAGGUUCAGCUUUCUGAUGGCACUGAUGCUCUUUCAUAUACCAGUAAUUCAAAUUAUAACUUUACUGGACAGGAUUCUUUCACGUAUGUUGUUAGCGAUUAUGGAAAGUCUGCAGUUGGUGUUGUGACUGUUCAAGUGACCGAUAAGGCUCCGGUUUCAGUUGCUGAUUCAUUUACUGUGCAUUGGAGAUCAUCAAGCAAUUCCUUAGAUGUAUUGGCUAACGAUUAUGACAACAAUAACGACCCAAUUACUGUUUACUCUCUUUCAACUCCUUCAGACUUUAAAGGAACAAUUGUGAAGGGUAGUCAUAAUAAGAAUUUGGUAUUUACUCCAAGUGCUCAAUCAAUUGGAACUCAAACAGUUUCAUAUGUAGCCACGGAUCGACCUCUCACAAGCUCUUCUGCCACUGUUACAUUGAUUACCACCAAUAGUGACGCACCAAAGAAUAAGGUCAUUACAAAGAGCAUUCAUUGGUCAACUCAAAGUGCUGGAACUCAAAUUAAUCUUUAUGACGUUGCUCAACCAACAGACACGGAUGGUGACUCAUUACAAUUCGAAACGAGCGCAUCUGUUGAACCUUCUCAUGGAUAUACUCGUGAUGUCAUUGCAUUGUGUAACGCUCUAGAUUCUGACUCACAAGACACAGUGUCUAUUUCUCAAGUCACUAUUUCUUCUGGAGGUUCAGUCUCUCGAUCUGGAAGUUAUGUCACAUUCACACCCACCAAAUAUUUCACUGGAAAUGCAACCAUAACCAUUACAUUCACAGAUGGAUUGCUCACUUCGACUUCCACUUGGACGGUGAAUGUACAAAAUACUGCACCUGUUUCAAGUCCAUUCUCUACAACCAUUCAUUGGACAACUAGUUCAACCAAUAUUAACGUAUUAACAACCAUUACGGAUGCUGAUAGCGACUCGAUUGAUUUUAAAUUGGUGUCCUCAGCUACUUCAUAUGGAACUCCAAAUAUUACAACCAAUGCAACUUUUACAGUGGUGGUUCAAAAUAACGCUCCAACAGCCACAGCUAAAUCAAUUUCCACUCCAUGGACAAGUUAUUCCUCUGGAGUCACUAUUGAUGUAUUAUCUGGUUGUUCAGAUACUGACUCUGAUAUAUUGUCUCUAUAUUCAACUCCUUUCUCAACUCCAUCUCAUGGAACUGUUUCUCAAAGUUCUGGGUAUGCACUCUACAAACCAACACAAGGAUAUGUUGGUAUUGACACAUUCACAUUUUAUGUAACCGAUGGAUUGGCUGUCACCUCUCAAACUGUGACUGUGAAUGUCACAAAUAAUCGACCUGUUGCUGUUACUGAUUCUGCAACUGUUCAUUGGUCUAACACCUAUACAGAUAUUAGUGUGUUGAGCAACGAUGUCGAUGCUGAUAGUGAUUCACUCUCAAUCUAUUCCUCUUCAUUGACGCAGCCAUCACAAGGAACAACCUCAAUUGUUGGAACUACGAUUCGUUAUACUCUUGCUUCUUCCCCAACAAAGGGUACUCAAACAUUUUCUUACAAGGCAUAUGAUGGAGCACAAGUUUCGAAUAACGCAGCCACAGUUACUUUAACAAUUACCAACACAAAUAUACCUUCUAUUUCAAAUCAAACCAAGACUGUACAUUGGAGAACAGCAAACUCUGGUCUCAAUUACACCAUUUAUAACACUGCAAAAGAUAGUGACGGUGACACAUUGACACUUUCCAUUGUUUCUGGUUCUUCAUGCUCGUUAGUCAGUUCUGGUUCUAUCAAACUUGUUCUGUAUCAACACACAACAUUUGAGGGCACUGAUACGUGUACGGUAAAGCUUUCUGAUGGCUUAGACUCUGACACCAAGACACUGACUUCAAUUUCGUAUGACAAUGCUCCAGUUGCUGCAGCAAUGACUGUUCAAUAUUAUGGCGCCAAUAUUCAAACUGGUAUUUCUAUUGAUGUACUUUCACAAGCUACUGAUAGUGAUGUUGAAGAUGUUGCGUAUUUGUAUAUUAGUUCAACAACUGCUUCUACUCUUUACGGUUCUGGAGUUGCAACAAUUGAAAAUGGAAAGAUAAAAUAUUUCCCAAGCUCUAGUCUUGUCACUAGCGUUGGAACCGAUUCAUUCAAUUACACAAUUAGUGACGGGCUAAAAACAUCGACAGCCACUAUUACAGUUCAAAUCAAGAGCACUGUUCCAACAGAUACAGAGCAAUUCUAUGAUAUUCAUUGGAGAACAAGUUUAACUGGUGGCACUGUAUUGUAUCCACUCUCCAAGAUUAAUUCAACAGAUACACUCACUCUCUCUCAAACAUUAAUCUCCUCUCCAGACCAAAAGGAACAGUUGUGCUCUAGCUCUGGAUCUUCCAUGAUCAAUGUGACAUGCACUGUGUAUGAUAACACUCCAACCGCAUCAUCAUUGACAGCUACCACACACUGGACGACAACACUGACUCAAAAUUUGACUUCCUUAAUUGCUGACUCUGAUAGCACAGAUACUCCUUAUUUGCAAAUCUAUUCUGGUACUCAACCAUCAAGCGGUGCUUAUUCAAUUUCAAAUAGAGUUGCAACGUUUGUACCUUCAUCUACUGUCGGAACCAUGUCCAUGACCUAUGUAGUGAGUGAUGGUUUGAAAAAUACAUCUGCAGCAUUCACUGUUUCUGUGACCAAUACAGCUCCAAGUGUCUCGGUAAAGACUUACAAUACCGAUUCUGAUGGUGACUCGUUGAGAUUGAAGAGUAUGUCAUCACAACCAUCAGUGGGAAGUGUUUCUGUCACUUCUGGCUCUUCAACCAAUGUUACAAUUUCAGCGCCUUCGACAGCAUAUACCGGAUCUCUUUCGUUCAGUUAUGUGGUUACUGAUGAUGCAUCGAAUGGUGAUGUAACCAAUACUGUGACUCUAGUAGUUUAUAAUAAUGCUCCAACUGCAACAGAUGACUCGUUUACUACGCAUUGGAAUGUUACUUCAUUGACCCUGGACGUAUUAUUUAAUGACGUUGAUCCAAAUGGUGAUUCCCUUAAUAUAACAUCCUUGUAUGGAUCAUCGGCUUCCACGUCUCCAAUUAUUCAAAACAACAAAAUUAUUUACUAUCCUAAAACAGCAUCAUUGGGUGUCGAUACUUUCACCUAUGUCAUUUCCGAUGGCGUGACGACAACCACGGCCAAAGUGAGUGUUAACGUGACAAAUUCUAUACCUACAACUAAAAAUCUAUCAUUCAAUGGACUGUGGUCAUCUGCAGUUAAUGGCAUCACCUUUGCUGUGAUUGGUAACUCUUCGGAUUCUGACUCGGAUUCCCUUACUCUGUCGUCUUACACUUCCAUAACAUCGAGUCAAGGAACAUUGACCUUAACAGGCAGUGGAAAAUCAAUUUUAUUUAAGCCUACGAGUGGUUUUGUUGGCUCUGUAAAUAGCAUUACCUUUGUAAUUUCAGAUUCCAAAGAAUAUGUAUCUGGAACCAUCUCCAUUACCAUUAAUAAUGGUGCUCCAACAGCAAAUACCACUUCAUUUACUUACCAUUGGAGAAGUGUUUAUUCAACUGGAGUCAACAUUAGAACAUUGACCUUAACAGGCAGUGGAAAAUCAAUUUUAUUUAAGCCUACGAGUGGUUUUGUUGGCUCUGUAAAUAGCAUUACCUUUGUAAUUUCAGAUUCCAAAGAAUAUGUAUCUGGAACCAUCUCCAUUACCAUUAAUAAUGGUGCUCCAACAGCAAAUACCACUUCAUUUACUUACCAUUGGAGAAGUGUUUAUUCAACUGGAGUCAACAUUAGUCUUGCGUCAAGAUUUUCUGAUUCUGAUUCAAACAGUGUCACUGUUACAGCGGUCACACAAGUAAACCAAGCAACUGUGACUCUAGGUUCCAAUAACGUUAGAUGGAUUUAUUUAAACGUUUUGAAUUUGUCUCCAACAGAUACCGAUUCUGAUGGUGACUCGUUGAGAUUGAAGAGUAUGUCAUCACAACCAUCAGUGGGAAGUGUUUCUGUCACUUCUGGCUCUUCAACCAAUGUUACAAUUUCAGCGCCUUCGACAGCAUAUACCGGAUCUCUUUCGUUCAGUUAUGUGGUUACUGAUGAUGCAUCGAAUGGUGAUGUAACCAAUACUGUGACUCUAGUAGUUUAUAAUAAUGCUCCAACUGCAACAGAUGACUCGUUUACUACGCAUUGGAAUGUUACUUCAUUGACCCUGGACGUAUUAUUUAAUGACGUUGAUCCAAAUGGUGAUUCCCUUAAUAUAACAUCCUUGUAUGGAUCAUCGGCUUCCACGUCUCCAAUUAUUCAAAACAACAAAAUUAUUUACUAUCCUAAAACAGCAUCAUUGGGUGUCGAUACUUUCACCUAUGUCAUUUCCGAUGGCGUGACGACAACCACGGCCAAAAUCGGGUUACUGUUAAUGGAGAAAUUUCUUGGUUUGAAAGCUUCGCAAAAACUCAGUGAAGAAUUGAGGAAUUUUAGUGCAAUAAAGAUGGAGCCUACGAGUGGUUUUGUUGGCUCUGUAAAUAGCAUUACCUUUGUAAUUUCAGAUUCCAAAGAAUAUGUAUCUGGAACCAUCUCCAUUACCAUUAAUAAUGGUGCUCCAACAGCAAAUACCACUUCAUUUACUUACCAUUGGAGAAGUGUUUAUUCAACUGGAGUCAACAUUAGUCUUGCGUCAAGAUUUUCUGAUUCUGAUUCAAACAGUGUCACUGUUACAGCGGUCACACAAGUAAACCAAGCAACUGUGACUCUAGGUUCCAAUAACGUUGUAACUUACAAAUUGAGUUCUGCAUGGAAAGGAACUGAUACUUUUACUGUAUCAUUUACGGAUGGCUGGACUUCUUCCUCUGCCACUUUUACGGUCAUUGUUACAAACACUGCACCUGUGGCUUACAACAUUCCAAUUUCUGUUCAUUUCUCCAAUGCUUAUUCUUUAUCUAUUCCAGUGGUGAGUAGAACUGACUCAUUGAAACCAACCGAUUCAGAUUCUGCCGAUAGUAGCAACCUUUAUAUUAGCAGUUACACAACCCCGUCAUCAGGUACUCUUUCUCUCACUUCUGACAAGAAGAACUUUACCUUUGUGAAUCCAACUGGAAAUACUGUUUCUCAAUCCUUUACUUUCGUUGGGUUUGGCUCUACCUACUCUUUUUUUUGA